AUGCCUCCGCCAUCAAACCAGCGAGCGGACAUCGAGCCGCCUCCGCAAGUCACCAAAGAAGCAACCAUUGGCUUCAUCACAGGCGCAGGUCGAGUCAUCCAUACCAUACCCAUACCCAUAUCCAUACCCUACCAAAUCCCGCAUGAACCCUCCACCAGCAGCAGCACCAGAAUCGCAGGGACCAGCAAGACAAGUUAUAGCCUAAUUCGGCGCCCUCUCGAUCCUAGCCCAUCUGAUCCUCUCCCUUCCGCAUCCAAUGCACUUUUCAUCGAACACGCCGUCCUCGCCGAACGCAGCGAACGGCAAACCACCACCGCCGCCCCGCGCGCCAACGCCGCUGAUAUACAGGCCCCUCGUGUCGUUUUCGAACUCGAUCGCACCCAUGUCGAGGGUUUAUCGUGGGUUGACGCCGCAGUUUAA